AUGGUAGUUCGGAUUAGAUUAGCACGACAUGGAGUGAGAAAUCGACCAUUUUAUCAUAUCGUAGUAGCUAAUGCAAGAGCACCAAGAGAUGGUAAACAUAUAGAAAAAGUGGGAUUAUAUGAUCCAAUUCCAAACAAACAAGGAAUUAAAAAUAUCGAAUUAAAUGCGGAUAAAAUUAAAUAUUGGUUAAGUGUCGGUGCACAACCGAGUGAUACUGUUGCGAGUCUUUUAUCAAAGUCUGGUUUUGAUUUUACAACGCCCAAAGAUAAAUCAAAGAAUAAACCUAAUCCAGAGAGUGAACAAUUAGAAAGCAAGUGA